AUCCUUAUUUCAUUCUCUCUCUAAAAACCUGCAUUUUCUCAUAUGGGUAAGACUCAUAUUUUCAUUUUUUGAAGUUGAAAGAGAGAGUACCCAAGGUUUCGUACAAGACGUAGUGAGAGAAACAAGUGAGACCCAUGUUCCUAUUCUUAUUCUCUCUCUACUAAUAUUUAUUUAACAGAAUCGAUACAAGUAAAACCAAAUUUCAAAGCUAGAGAGAGAGAGAGAAAACCCAUAUUUUGAUUUUUUUGAAGUUUUAGAGAAGAGAAAGAAAUCCCAUGUUCCAUGUUUGUUCUAGAAACAGGAGAGAGAUGAAAACGCGCAUCCUAAUGAGAGAUGAAACCCAUCAUCUCCUAUUCUCAAUUUCUCUCUACCUGCCUCUCUUUCUCUCUCUAAAAGCUCUGCACUUUUGACCGAAGGCUUGUUCCCCCCUCCCAUCAAAACAAUAUCAUCCCAUAAUUCGUAGUUUUGGCCUUUCCUCGUAUGCGUCAAAUCUUGCAGAUCCCCAUCGCCCCAGAGCUCCAUUUCUUUCUAUGCGUAACAACUUAAACUAGCUUUAGUUGAGGGGAUUCUGAAUCAUUAGAGAGGGAGACAGCAGAUUCUCGUAAUUGGGUUUUUGCCGGAAAUUGAUAUGAUUUCCAUUCAUGAGAGUUUUUAUGCAUUCCAGCUGUUGGGUGGCCUUGAUAUUGACACUUCAAUGGCCAUUUGAAAGGGAAACCAGGGGUUUGAGCUGUACCUCUUUGCCUUUUUUUGCCCCCCUUUUUUGUAUUUCUGUAUUUUUCUGAGAUUGGGUUUUGAGGGCGAAUGCAAUGUGAAGAGGUUAUUCGGGCAAGUUUCGUUUUGCCCGGCCUUUCAAUCUCAAGAGUUAUGGAGGUUCAAGAGAAAGGGAAAGGCGUGAUGGACAAGUCAACUUUAAGGUGUUUACUCAACAUCAUGUCCAGCUUCACUCAUAUAGUUUCCUGCAACAAUAUCAAGCUUGAGCCAGUUCAGAGAGACUAUCCUAAAAUAGUUGAAAUGUUGAAGCUGUUGAGACCCGUUCUUGAUAAAAUCGUUGAUGCUCAGAUAGAGUUAGAUGAGCAGCUUACUAAGGAAUUUGAAGAAUUGGAUAUGGUUGUUAAUGAGACUAGGGAGCUUAUGGAGGGCUGGCAACCAUUGAUGAGCAGGAUCUAUACGAUUCUGCAAAUCGAGCCUUUAGUUGGAAAAAUUCAGAGAAAUGCUCUGGAGAUCUGUCAGCUACUAUGUUCUUCGCCGCAAUCUGCUUUGCUAAGUUUAGAUUCAGCAUUCCUUCAGAACUGUCUGCAGGAACUGCAGUGUAUAAGAUCAGAUGAAACCUCUGAUGCGAUUAAAAGAGCUAUCAAGGACCAAAAAGAGAACUUGAUACCAAGUUCAGAAAGCCUGGCUAGGAUUGCCGACUCACUGAGCUUGACAUCGAACCAGGAACUGUUGAUGGAGGCUGUGGCUUUGGAGAAGGUCAAGUUGCAGGUCGACAAUGAAAAGAAUGAAAGGGAAGUGGAAUACAUUGAUCAAAUUAUUGCUCUCGUUAUGUGCAUGCAUGAAUGUCUGGUGAAAAUCAAGCAAUCACAGGCCAUUGAUAGGGUUCCAGUACCUCCUGAUUUUUGCUGCCCACUUUCCCUUGAACUCAUGUCGGACCCAGUAAUUGUGGCAUCAGGCCAAACAUAUGAGCGAGCCUUCAUUCGGAAAUGGCUCGAUCAGGGGUUGACAGUUUGCCCCAAAACACGCCAGUCACUAGCCCACACCAAUCUCAUACCAAACUUUACUGUUAAAGCACUAAUAGCAAACUGGUGUGAGUCGAACAAUGUCAAGAUGCCUGAUCCCAUUAAGUCUAUGAGCUCAAACCAGUCCUUGAACCUCCUAGCUCGUUCAGACCAUGGUGUAGCUGAGCCAUCAACUCUUUCCCAAAAAACACAUGUCUCCAAGCUUCCAAGAUCCCCUGAAAGAGCCCGGACUGUUAGCCCACACCAGAGCUUUUUGUCCUCCAAUGGAACUCAUCCUAAGCCCUCUCCACCUUAUACCCAGCCCAUAGAUGGUGUUUCUCUUAGUGUGUUGCCUUUAGAAUCUCAAAAUUCGGGAAAUAUGUCUGAGAAGGAGCUUUCUAGGGUUUCAUUGAUUACUCCUGACGAUCAAGCAUGCAUCUUGGAAGAGCAGAAAGUGGGUUCUAGUGCUCAAGCUGAGACACCAUCGGGGAAAGAGUUAUCAGAAUGUAGCCAAAUUGAAGAUGGUUUUCCAGGCCAUAAUCGAAGUGCUUCAGUCUCUAGUGCAGCUUCUAGUACAGAUUAUACACAGGGAGUGGCAUCAGGAGAAGUCAAUGAGGUCUCACGUGCCUCAAGUGAUAUGACCCAAUAUGCCAGUGAUGCGUCUGGUGAAGUCACCUCUGAGCCUACUUCAACCUCCUCUACCCCCAUUAGGGAUAAGUCAGAAAUGUUAACCAAACCACUAGAGGGGAGAUCAAGAGGCCAAAAUAUUUGGAGGCGGCCAUUAGACCGAGGCUUUGUCCCAAGAAUAGUAUCCACUCCUUCGAUGGACUCGAGGCCUGACCUAUUGGGCGUCGAAACCGAAGUUCGAAAACUGGUUGAGGAUUUACAGAGCCCCUUGGAUGAGGUGAAAAGGGACGCAGCAGCGGAGCUAAGACUCCUAGCCAAGCACAAUAUGGAGAAUAGGAUAGUUAUCGCUAAUUGUGGAGCCAUUCGCUUGUUAGUUGGGCUAUUACAUUCAGAGGAUUUGAAGACCCAAGAGAAUGCCGUAACUGCCCUAUUGAAUCUCUCCAUAAAUGACAACAAUAAGACUAUUAUCGCCAACGAGGGGGCCAUCGAGCCACUUAUUCAUGUUCUCAGGACAGGGAAUCCCGAGGCUAGGGAGAAUUCAGCUGCCACCCUCUUUAGCCUUUCGGUCAUUGAAGAGAAUAAGAUCAAGAUUGGGAGAUCUGAUGCAAUAAAACCCUUAGUUCAUUUGUUGGGCAAUGGGACUCCUCGAGGAAAGAAAGAUGCAGCUACUGCCUUGUUUAAUUUAUCAAUAUUUCAUGAGAAUAAAGCAAGAAUUGUUCACGCUGGGGCUGUGAAGCAUCUUGUUGAUUUGAUGGACCCAGCCGCUGGGAUGGUUGAUAAGGCGGUUGCUGUUUUGGCUAACCUUGCUACUAUUCCUGAGGGCCGAACAGCUAUUGGAGCUGAAGGUGGAAUCACUGCCUUAGUCGAGGUUGUGGAGCUUGGUUCCUCAAGAGGAAAGGAAAAUGCGGCUGCGGCUUUGCUGCAAUUGUGCACCAAUAGCCAUAGAUUUUGUAGCAAUGUGCUCCAAGAAGGGGCAGUGCCCCCACUGGUUGCUUUGUCCCAGUCUGGCACUCCUCGAGCUAGAGAAAAGGCACAAUCACUUCUAAGUUAUUUCAGGAACCAGCGGCACGGGAAUGUUGGCAGGGGUGGUUAAUUAUGUGGCAAACAGAACAAAUUUAAUGAUUUUCUGGUGAAGUUGGGUCUUAUUAAAAAGGCCAAAAAGGAGAAAAUUGUUGGGUCUUAGUAGACCUCUGAUAUCUGGUGGAUAUCUCUCUUUUGCUUGAGUUGAGGCCAUUUCGUCUUCAGAAUUUUCUAGGCCAAAAUGUGUGUAUUAUGUUUGUGAUUGUGCAUUUGGAUGCUGUUUUGAGUAUUCCAUUGCUGUAAAAGACCGAAAAAUAUCUGCCAAUUCUUGAUUGAUUCAGUGAAA